AUGGUGGCCGUGGCGGCUGUAGCACCAGCGGUCGGCUGGCUGAGCCGAGUUUUGCUCUUCUUUUCGCAGCUCUACAUCUUAACAGGCGGUGAAAGCACAGAAACUCCAGCUUAUGUGAUGAAGUGCCCAAGCAAUGGUUUGUGUAGCAAACUUCCUGCAGACUGCAUAGAAUGCAAGACAAAUUACUCCUGUGUGUAUGGAAAGCCUGUCACUUUUGACUGCACAGUUAAACCUCAUGUUACCUGUGUUGAUCAGAACUUUACAAAGCAACAUAAUUUUACAAUCAACAUGACAUGCAGCUUUUGCUGGCAACUUCCAGAAACAGAUUAUGAGUGUUCCAAUGCUACAAACUGUAUGACUGUCUCCUGUCCCCGACAGCGCUACAGUGCCAAUUGUACAGUUCAUGAUCAUGUUCAUUGCUUGGGUAAGCGUACCUUUCCCAAAAUGCUGUACUGUAACUGGACUGGAGGUUACAAAUGGUCUACUGCCCUGGCACUAAGCAUUACCCUUGGUGGAUUUGGAGCAGAUCGAUUCUACCUGGGUCAGUGGCGAGAAGGUCUAGGCAAGCUGUUCAGCUUUGGUGGCCUGGGAAUAUGGACUCUGAUAGAUGUUCUACUAAUUGGAGUUGGCUAUGUUGGACCAGCUGAUGGUUCCUUAUAUAUUUAAAUAUGGUUAAUGUGCUCCAGAAAGGGAGCAGCAUUAGAAAAGUCCUUAAGAAUGUAUAAAUCACUUUUAAUUAUGUCAAGUUGUUGUCAUUUGUAUGUUUUAAUGUACAGUAUCUGUACUUUGCCUGCCUUAAUUAAGGUUAAAUAAAUGAAUGUCAUUGAACCAUA